AUGCGAAUCAGAGGCGGCCUAGUUGGCUGCGCUCUCUACUGUUUCCUGAAGAAUGACAUCUGUCCUCUGUUCAACCCCAGCGCACCAAAACGAAUACUGCGUAGUGUCCGAGACAAUCCCCUCCCAAGACGCAUAACUUUGUCCUAUUCUUCAAAAGAACUGAAAAUCAUCAGUGACGUCAUUACCGUCUUUCCCGUUGCCGUCCUGCAGGGUUACUACAAAAUUGACGACCCCCGAAAAUUACUUGCAGUCUGUCUGGCGGGAUCUCGAAUCAGCCAGCCAGGAUACCUUGUGCUGGGAUUUUCCGAUGAGAACGAAAGGCGGAAACUGGUCGCGACGCUUAAUCGCCUGCGCGACCACCAGAAGGGCACCGCAGGCAGCCCUCCCCCGGCAGAACCGGUUAAGGAACAGGAGUCAGAGCAGGCUGGUGGGAUGCGACAUCUGCCUCGUGUUAACCUUGCGCCAUCGGAAUCCUCGGGGACGCCUUCGUGUCUCAGUGAAAGUGGCCACGGAGGUAGGGCCUUACCGAGCUCUCCUGCGAAACGGAUCGUUGUGGAACUUCAGAGCAAACUACAGGAUGACAAAGGCCCCGGCUGGGACGAGGAGGAGGAGAGAGGUAAGGAAGAUGAAAUGGAGAAGAAUCCGCAAUGGAGUCAGGCGAGGAAAGAGGUCAGUAAGACAGAGAAGAGGCCUAACUCCCGUAGGGUGGCGCAGCCGUAUUCCAAAGCACUUUUUAAAAGGUUUUCAGAGCACGGACAACCUUUGGCAUCCCUUCACGUCGAAUGUGAUACCUUUAUCGUCUACAAACCACGACUCGUUCUGUAA